UAGGACUGGUGGGGUGGGGGUGCCUUUGUGCUGGAAACUUCAGCACAUCCAUCUGAGGCUUCUCAAGGGGACGACACCUGAUUGUGGCAAGUUGGAGGAUACCCAGCCUGGAGAAGACUGGGAUUAAGAGCUAAGGUAAGGUCACUUGGAAUUGAGUGGGUGUCUCCAGUGGGCAAGGGGUAUGUCCUCCAUCCCUACCUCCCUGAGAUGGGAGUCAGUAGGACCUAAUACUUAAACUUUAUGCCAGGUGCUCUCCUAAGAGCUUUACUUCUAGUCAUGGUUUUAAUUCUCCACAAUAACCCUCUAAGACAGGUGGAUUACCAUCCUGUUUUAUGGAUGGAACAUGGAGGGGGGUGAGAUAUGAAUCCAUGCAGUCUGGCUUUAGCCAUCUUGAAGUCUUGUGGCCUCCGAUAAUGAAUGGGCCAGGAGCUGGGCUGGCGGCUGGGGGUAGAUUCCCGGCUUCCUAGCGGUUUGGCGAUAUUAUACCCCCACAUCCACUGCUUUCUUCUUCUGCCCUGGCUUCUUGGGAAGUGGCAAAAGCGCUGUGGUCGGAAGUCCUGCGGUCACGGGCCCCCUCCCAGAUGGGGCUCCAGUGCCUCCUCUCUGCGGCGCUGCUCCUGGCCCAGGUGGAGCCGCGGGAAGCCUCCCAGUCCUGUGGCCGCCUCGAGUACUGGAACCCUGACAACCAGUGCUGCGGUAGCUGCCUGCAGCGCUUCGGACCGCCCUCUUGCCCGGACUUCGAGUUUUCGGAAAACUGCGGGCUCAAUGACUUUGGCCAUCACGUAACGCACCCCUUCAAGAAGUGUCCUCCUGGGCAGUGCAACCCUAACAGUGAGGAGCUAUGUAGCCCCUGUGGCGGUGGAGCCAGGGCCCCCACUUCUGCGGGAACCGGACAGCGCUGCCUACAGAAACGGGUCCCUCCCAAGGAGCCCUGCCUUUUGAAGCCUGAAACACCGAGCAUCCCAACCUCCCAGGAGCCCAGCUCACUAGCAAUUUCCAGUCCAUUGCACACCGUCGUGCGGCAGGCUUUGCUGCCUUAUGCCAUGCCCCUGGUGCUGGUUCUGCUUGUGACCUCAGCAGUGAUCCUGCUCUCCCUGCAAAGGCUCUGCAACUGCAGCCGUUGGAAAGCUGUCCACCUUUAUCCUGGCUUGACUUGCGCUGAUUCUAACACCCACACCCUUUUCUUGAACUCUCCAGGCUCCCUGGAUGCAUCAGAGGCAGAGCUACCAAAUCUGGCAUCACAGCCCCUGUCUCGACUCCUGGAUGAGCUGGAGGUGUUGGAGGAACUGAUUGUGCUGCUGGACCCUGAGCCUGGGCCAGGUGGGAUGGUGGCCUGUGGUACCACUCGACACCUGGCUGCAAGAUAUGGACUGCCUGCUGCCUGGUCCACCUAUGCCUACUCACUGCGACCCAAUCGCUCACCUCUGCGAGCCCUGAUCGAGAUGGUGGUAGCAAGGGAACCCUCUGCCUCUCUGGGCCAGCUUGGCAUACACUUAGCCCAGCUAGGGCGGGCAGAUGCACUGCAGGUGCUGUCCAAGCUUGGCCCAUCUGGGGCCUGCCUGGUCUAGUACUCAAUAAUUAAGUUUUCCUUGAAAUAGGUGCCUGUUGUGUCUCGGCCUCUUUAAGGGGCUCUCUGGAAAUACUGGGCCAAGACCCAACAGACACCUUCAUCCCCCCUUCUGGAAAAUGGCCCAUUCCAUCAAACACGUAAGACUAGAUCUUGGAGAGCUGACCUCAGGCUAUGCCUCUGGGCAACCAGGGUUUCCUCUUGAGAAAUACUCGUGCCAUCCCUGUGAGAGCUGAUCCACAAGGACCCACCCAGCGGGGGGGUCUAACUUAGACUAUGUAGAACACUUAUUGCUCUGAAGCCUUAAAAGACUUCACAAUUUACUUCUAAUUCUGAAUGAUGGCCUCUUACCUACCUGUUGAGGCUGAUGGGCUUUCUUCGCUCAGGAUGGGUGUGGGGCACAGUGAACAGAAGCUCCUACCUGGCCCCAGCACCAUACAAACUGGAAAAUCACCUCUCCAAACAUUGACAGACUUUAUUGUGGGGGGUUCCCACUUAGGAUCCCACCCUCUUAAAUAAAAAAGUGCAUAGAAAA